ACUGCUUUCCUGAUUCGUCCAGCCUUUAGGUGGAACGUGAGAAGAUUGGUGCCGGAGGGAGCAGCUGACACCAUGAAUGGAGCCUCUGUGGUUUCCACGUCUGUCCAGACCAUCUCCAUUAAGGAAGAGGCCGAUCUAUGGAGUAAAGAAGAUGUACAAUGUUUGUUGGAUCGGAUAAAGAGCCUGAUCCCAGAGGGAGACUGCAUGAAGUACAAAACCACCGAGUCGCACUUCAACUGGGAGAAAGUGGCAUUCGGACCCUUCACUGGAGAAAUGUGUCGGCUCAAGUGGCUGAAACUGGCCUCUGAGAUCAGAAAAUAUCGCACUCUGAGUGAGCUACUCACAGAUGCUGUGGAGUUUGUGAAAAAUCCAUACAAGGGCAAGAAACUGAAGACUCAUCCUGAUUUUCCGAAGAAACCGUUGACUCCGUACUUUCGAUUCUUCAUGGAAAAAAGAGCCAAAUAUGCCAAGAUUCACCCAGAAAUGAGUAACCUGGACUUGACAAAAAUCCUUUCCAAGAAAUACAAGGAACUGCCAGAGAAAAAAAAGCUCAAGUACAUUCAGGACUUCCAGCAGGAGAAAGGGAAUUUUGGGCAGGCAAUGGCCAAAUUCAGGGAUGAGCAUCCUGAUCUCAUUGAAGAACAGAGAAAAUCAGAUAUUCCUGAAAAGCCAAAGACACCCCAGCAGUUAUGGUAUAAUCAUGAGAAAAAGGCGUUCCUGAAAGUUCACCCUGAGGUGAGUCCAAAGGAGCUAAAGGAUGCCCUUCGCAGACAGUGGUCUCAGCUAUCUGAUAAAAAGAGACUCAAGUGGAUCAGCAAAGCCCUGGAGCUGCAGAAAGAGUAUGAGGCAUCUAUGAGAGUUUAUGUGGAGGCUCAUCCAGAAUUGAACUUCGAAGAACCUGCCAAGUCGAUUCUAACCAAAGCUGAGAGACAGCUGAAGGAUAAAUUUGAUGGACGUCCUACAAAGCCACCACCGAAUGGGUACUCGUUAUACUGUGCAGAACUGAUGGUUAACAUGAAAGAUGUUCCGAGCACUGAACGCAUGGUGCUAUGCAGCAAGCAGUGGAAGGUCAUGUCACAGAAAGAGAAGGAUACUUACCAGAAACGAUGUGAACAGAAAAAGAAGCUUUAUGAGACAGAGAUGCAGCGAUUCCUCGAGAGUCUCCCAGAUGAAGAGCGGGAGAGGGUAUUACAGGAGGAGAAGAUCGGAGGCAGCAAAAUAACAAGCAAUGUAACAACAAAUGUACAGAAUAAUGGCCCUCAGCGAACAAAAUCUGGCAGCCCCACUUCACCAGCUUCACCAACCUGCAAGAGUGUUCCUGAGCGUCCACAGCAGCCCAUCUCUGCCAUGUUCCUUUUCUUCCAAGAGAAACGAAAGGACAAUCCCAAUCUAACGGAGAGCGAGCUCACCCGGCAGCUGGCCAGGAUGUGGAAUGAGUUGUCAGAGAGGAAGAGGGAGAAGUACAAGAGGAUGGAAAGAACCUUGAAAGCAGAAUACGAGCAAAGGAUGCAGAACUUCCUGAAAGAGAAGAAGGAAGCUGGUUCCACAAGGAAAGGGAAGUGGCCUGAAAGCCCCAAAACUGCUGAGAAGAUCUGGGAGCAGACAGUGAUCAAUGAUUACACUGCAAAGCACCGGAAUGACCGCAAAAAAGCUCAAUCAGCAAUGGAGGCUGCUUGGAAGGCAAUGGAGAAGAAGGAGAAGAUUCCUUGGAUUAAGAAGGCUGCAGAUGACCAGAGGAGAUAUGAGAGAGAGCUGUUAGAGGGUCGCUGGGCCCGGACCUCAGCACAGAACUCCAAGAAGCCGAAGUUUGUUGGCGAGCCAAAGAAACCACCAAUGAGUGGCUACCAGAUGUUCUCCCAGGAGUUGCUGACUAGUGGGGAGCUCAACCACUUCGGGCUAAAGGAAAGGAUGGUGGAGAUUGGGAAGAGGUGGCAGAAGCAGAGCCAGGCCCAGAAGGAUGGCUACAAAAAACUGGUAGAGGAGCAACAGCAGGAGUACAGAGUGGAGCUUGAAACGUGGCUCAAAUCCCUAUCUCCUGAAGAACGGUGUGUGUAUGAGGAAUAUACAACGGCAAAACGAAAAGGCCAGGGUAAGCCAGGGGGCCCUGCUGCCAAAACAAGGAUGACGUCACACCUCACAUCGGAAUCAUCUGAAGAGGAUGGUGAAGAUGAUGAUGAGGAAGAUCCUGAGAGAAGUGAUUCAUCUGAUUCUGAUGAUGAUGGUGAUGGCUCCUCAGCCUCAUCUGAUAGCGAAGCAAACACUGAUGAGGGUGAGGAUGGAGAGAAUGACGAUGAUGAUGAUGACGAUGAUGAUGAUGAUGACGACGAUGAUGAUGACGACGACGAUGAUGGAAACCAAGCAAAUGCCAGCUCCUCCUCAUCCUCCUCCUCCUCCUCACAAGAUGAUUCUGAUUCUGACUCUGAUUCUGACUGAACCCCCUCCCCUAUCUCCCAAGGCCAGUGAUUGUGGAGUGUCACUGGAAGGAUUAGGAGAACUCCUUACUCUGGAGUACAGUUACUUUAACAUUAUGGUGGGAGCUGAAUGACUGACAGUGUUUGGGCAGGCUGCUGUCCUGUACUCACUGCCACAUAGACUGCACCAGUGUUCUCUCACAGUCAGAGAGUACUCUCCAUGAUCCACUACCGUAUCCAUGCAGUCUCUCCAGAUCAGAUUGUCUGCUCCAGCACCAACUCUCUUGAUCUGCUGUAAAUAAACUUGUUUGUUGAUGUGAUCAGCCACGCAGCAUUUUAUACUUAGAAGUAGAAAGUGAACAGUCAAAGUGAUAUAAUUUUAAUUGGUUUGUUUUAAUCUUCCAUCAGUCACUGAAUUUUCUGGAUUUCCGUCUCUGCUGUUUGUGCCAUUCCUUGGUUACUGGACCAUCUUGAAACCAGUCACAGCUCCUCAGAGACUGUGGCUGAAAACUGGCAGAAAGCCCAUAAGAACAGCAAAAUCUCAGUCAGAUUUAACUGCUUUCCCUGGUUCCACCUUCUGUUUCUCAAAUGGUCGUUGCCAGUUGUCUCAGACAUGAGCCCUCCAUGUUUAAGGCUUUUUGAACCGCUGCAGUCCACAUGCUGUGGUAAACCUAUGGAGGUAAUUUCAGGAAUUUGACCCAGUGACAAUGAAGGAACAACAAUAUACUUCCAAGUCAGGCUGGUGAGUGGAUUGGAAGGGAACUUGCAGGCAGUGGUGUGCCUUUGCCCUCUGGAUGGAAGUGGUUGUGGGUUUGGAAGCUGUUGUCUAUGGAUCGUUGGUGAGUUUCUGUAAUGCAUUGGUAGAUAGUACACACUGCUGCUCCUGAGCAUUGGCGGUGGAGGGAGUGAAUACUUCCAUUGAAUUAGUCAGUAGUAAAUGGGUGAAAGUAGGGGUCCAGAAGCUCCUGAGUAAACAUUGCUUAUCAGGCCCAUCACUAAUAUCCUGUUUCAGGGGAUAGAUGGGUCUAUCAGUACGAGAGAACAUCAGCAUUAAACCUAACCUCAAUUUGGUUAUUCUGAGGGUGCUAGUGAGCGAUGUGCAUUAUUGAAUAUUUAAUGACUGAAUUGUGUUCAGUUGUUUAUGGGAGAGUGCUAGUGUGGUAAUGUCACUGGAUGAAACAUCCAGAACACCACACUAAUGCUCUGAGAACAUGGGCAGAGCAGCUGGUGGAAUUUAAAUUCAAUUAAUAAAUGUGGAAUUGAAAGGUAGUUUCACUUAUGACCAUGAAACUACCACCAAUUGAUGUAAAAAACCACUUUACGGAAGGAAAUCUGCCAUCCUUACCCAGUCUGGCCUACAUGUGACUCCAGACCCACAGUAGUGUGGUUGAGUCUUAGCUGCCCUCUGAAAUGGCCAAGCUAGACACUCAGUUGAAGGGCAUUUAGGGAUGGGCAAUUAAUGCUAGUCUUGCCAAGGAUGCCCACAUCUCUGGAAAGAACAAAGAAAAACAACACUUUUUUAAUGUAAAGAACUAAACUGUUCUUUAUCUAGAUCCCAACCUGGGACACUGCAGAAUAUCAUGGGUUGACAGCUUGGGAUUUCUGUGAUAGAGUAUUGUAUUUGAUAGUUUAGAAGAUUUUUUUUGGCAGUUUUAUAAAUGUACCUGAAUCCUAAGGCUGUGGGAAAAGGUAUUGGGAGAAUCUAUGGGAAAUAUUUGUAGUGUUCAAGCAGAGCUCACCUUGUAUGUGCUGUGAAAGAGACAAAUAUGUCCAAUUCCGUCCUUUGUAAGACAUUUUUAAACUCAUGGUGGAGUUCAGUGUUUAGAAAAUUCCAUUGCUUUUAUGAAGACAACUUGAGUCCUGCAGAGAUUCUGUUCUUACUGAAAGCAGUAAUGAACUUCAUAAUAAACAUCAACUCUAAAUA